CCUUACAUCAGGGAAGUAAACUAUUCAACUUGGUGGAAAGAAUUGUGUUUAUAAAAAGCCUCUUGAAGGAUUUAGUCGCACUACAGUCCUGGUUGGUUUAACCAGGCUGGUAUUAGCGGAUAAAUGGUAAACUGAGUGUUAACUGAACUCAAAUGUUAUGAGAGGUUGAAGCAUUGUUUCUCGAAGAGGAGGGAGAAGUAUUACGACACCAAACCGAGCUUCCCGAACUGAAGUCAAGCUAGGUAACCAACACCUAAAGCCGCAGAGGACGCCGAAGGUAAAGCUUGACGGACUUUAGCGAUGUCUCUGGGCGACCAGAGCCAGCAGUGGUAUCCUACGAGUGUCCAGGUAACGGUGCACCAGGCUCGGAACCUGCGUGUCAAGGGCAAGAAUGGCACCAACGACUCUUACACCAUCAUCCAGGUGGCCAAAGACAAGUUUUCUACCUCCGUGGCUGAGAAAAGUAUCGAUCCGGUGUGGAAAGAAGAGGCUUCGUUCGACCUGCCGCUCUUCCACCCGGGAAACGCUGAGCGCUGUACGCUGUAUAUCAUAGUAAUGCACCGUGCCCAAGUGGGGCUGGACAAGUUCUUGGGCCAAGCUGUGAUAAACCUGCUGGAGCAUUAUGACAACAAGUCUCGCAAAAAGACAGAAUGGUUCAAGCUGGUGGACAAGACCGGAAAAGAGGACAAGGCACGAGGGGAGGUGCUGCUGGAUAUCCAGUUUAUGAGAAACAACAUGUCAGCUAGCAUGUUUGACCUUUCCAUGCAGGACAAACCACGCUCCCGCAUCUCCAAGCUGAAGGACAAAGUCCGUGGAAAGAAAAAGGACGGCUUCUCCGACUCGGCAUCAGCAAUUGUACCCUCUGUCAGCCGGGUCCUCACAGACAGUGAGGGCGAGGCUGAUGCGCAGUCACUCAGCCAAUCUCCAGAAGCAAAAAAGAAAUCUAAGCUCAAAACCCUCUUUGCCCCCAAAUCAAACUUGCAGCGUAACAUGUCACAGUCCAUGUCCACACUGGGGACUCUGCCUGAGAAGAAUUCAUCUCUGAGUGGCAGCCGCUCAUCUGGCCUCAAUGUAGACUCUCCUGAUGUUAAGAAGAAAUUCAAAUUCCUGGGACACAAACGAACCGGCAGCUCUGACAGCAAGGUGUCUUUGGGUCCUUUCUCCUUGCUUGGCCGCUCUAAGCAGAGCAACAGUGACCUGAAUAACUUGUGCAUCAAUGGCAGCCAUGUGUAUGCAGAGGAAACAGAACCCAAGAGUGGAUCUACACUCAGUCUGAACAGUUCAGGCCAAGGCUCUGUUGAGGAUGUCCACAAACACACUUCUGAUUUCUCUGCAGAUCCCUUCAAAAGUGUAUCUGUCCCGUCCUCUAAGCAUGAGUCCACAGAUUUUUCAAGCUCCAGAGACUCCACAGAUAGAGCUUCACAAGAACAACAGCACCAUCAAGAGGAGGAAAGAAGGCAAGCAGAAGAAAGGCGCAUAGCAGAAGCAAAGAGGAUGGAGGAAGAGGUGAAACACAAGGCACAGCUUAAGAGGCUGCAGGAAGAAGAGGAACGUAGACAGCAAGAGGAACAGGAGAGAAAAAAGCGCUUCCAAGAGGAUGAAGCCAGAAGGAAGAAACAGAUGGAAGAGGAAGCGAGGAGAAAGCAAGAAGAGCAACGCAAAGUAAUGGAAGCAGCAGAAAAUCAGCGGCUUGAGGAGGAGCGUCACCGAGCAGAGGAGCAGAAGCGUCAGGAGGAGGCGUCCAUGAGUGAUAGGCUGUCAUCCCUGUUUGGAAUGAUCAGAAAGAAGGAGGAGAAAAAGGAAGAGGUCCAGCAACAAGCUAAAGAGGAACAGCUUCCGACUCCAGCAACUAGUUUGGAUGCACCAGAUCCAAAGCAACCCGUCUCCCAUCGUUCCACCAACCCGUUUGAGGACAUUCCCCUCAGCUCAGAUGUUUCUCUAAGCAGCAAUACAAUCUCAGAUGAUCAUCAGAUAUCCAGCAGCAAGCCACAACCCUCCUCUGCCAUGGUCUUCCUCAACCGCACUGCAAAAGUGUCUGCAGUCAAACCCAGAUUGGCUCAAUCUUUGGAGCCUGAACCUGCUGAUUUCCAAAACCCCAGUCAGCUGUGUCCUUCCCCAGCCAACUCUGAGUCCACCCUCCCCAGUGUCCCAUCUGGGUCCCCCGAUACUUUCUCCAGCCUCCACUCAUCUUUAACUCCGAGAAAUAAGAGUCAAAUCCCAUCUGGUUCUCCUCGUGGCAACACAGAGAAUUUGUCGCCUGUGGGAUCUGAGCGAUCUUCACCCACCAUGGGAGAUCAGAAGAGAAGGGUUCUCCUGCCACCCUCAUAUGGGACCCAAACCAAAGGAAAUCUUGCUCCUGUCAGAGAGAUUCAGAAUCCUGCUUAUGAAGAACCAGAAGAACCACAGCCAGGCAAGAAAUCUAUACCACUUCCUGAUUAUGAAACCCUCUUUCCUCAGAGGAGACAUGGAGUCCAAGGACAGACUAAAUGGGAUCAUAUAAUUGCUGAGGUCAAUCAGAAGCACAGGGAUGCUUCACCUGUACUCAUGGGUCCAGAGGUGAGUGUGGAUAAUCCAGUGGAGUACAAACCAAGUCCUAGGUCUUCUGUAUCACAGGAGAGCCCUACCAUGAGGCAUUCCCAAACAAGACCUCAGGAGACCAAACCUGUGUCAACAAAAAAAGCACCAGCCCCAACUCCUCCUAAACAAGCAGCAUCUCCACUUUCUCACUCAGCAACAGAUUUCAGUCAGAAAAAAAGCCUCAGUGUUUCUCAACAAUCUCCAGUGACCCCUAGUAAACCUGCAGCCCCAGCAUCUGUAAGAACUGACACCUCAAGCAGAGGGACAUCCGGAGAUGGUGCGAGAAAGGCGUUGCAACCUUCACCCGCACCCGCACCUGCACCCAGAACACCAAGCCCAAUGGAUAAAAUUCCUUCAGGUGAUCAAAGGAAAGCGCAAGCCACCGUGCAUAAAGAAGCACCCACAGCUAAACCCAGACAAAGGUCAAGUGCCAACGAGCCAACAAAGGAACAACAACCUGUGAGCAGUAACAUUUCAGCAGUAUCUAAUUCAAGUGUGAGCGCCAUGGACAAAAAUAUAAAGAACUUUGUAGAGCUGGACCCAUUCCCCAGUACUGAUCUCCCUUUGAGAGAUCCAUGGGCACAGCAGAAGCAGAACAAAGAAGAUUCACUUUUUACUCUCAAUGCACGGAAAGAGCCGACAUCUCAAGAUCAAAGAAUAACGGAAGAUGAUUUUGAUCAAAUUUUCAGUCAAAAACUAUCAGAUCCCUUUGCUAGUUUUAAUGGCAGUGAUUCAAGCAAACAGAACGAGUCAAGGAAAAUGGAUGAUGAGUCAAAACUAGACAGUCCUGCUUUUCAAAGGAAGAAUUCACAAAGAGGAAAGAAGAGUCCCCCAUCCACAGCACCCUCGCAACAAAUACCACCCACAGCCAAUCAGAGUUUCAGAGAUGACCCGCUGCAGCCUCACACCGAUUUUAAAACACAGAGCAGUUUCAGUGAAGGAGAGGAUCUUUUUGGAGCCAAAAACUUUUUUGAAACCUUACAGCCUCUUCAAGUAGUUCUGGAGGAACCAGAAAGCUUGUCUGGGGGAAAGGAACCUUUGCGAGCAUGGGUCUCACCCUCUGAUGUUCAGCAUGUCAGUACUCAGAAUAGCAAUGGAAGCGGGCUAGCCAUAAAUUCACGCAGGCCUCAUCCCGUGAAGCCUAUGAGCACAUCAGAGAGCCAGAGCACCCAUGCUAGAGAUAAAGAGAUAAAGGUCCGGGACAGCACACCAGGGAAGAUAAAGAUGAUAGACUCAAUGGGAAGUGGACCUUAUACUCAGCUGACUCAGGAGGAGCUGAUCACAAUGGUAGUGAAGCAGCAGGCUGACCUUACCAAGAAGGACGCCAAGAUUGUUGAGCUCGAGGAAUACAUAGACAACCUGCUGGUCCGCGUCAUUGAGGAGAAACCCAGCAUCCUGCAGUCCCUCAAUGCUGAAAAGCCAGUGUAAAGGAAUGUGUCCUGGAAGAGCUCCGCUUAAGGACUUAUAUCUGUUUCCUGUUUGUGUAUGUACUGUAUUAUAAGACAGUGUCUCUAUUAAGGUCUUAGCGCCUAUGCACUUUUUUAGUUUCAGAAACAAAUAAAUACAUUUGAGAGUGCAGGAGUGUUGUCUCUGAAGUGACAACAUUAUGAUUAAUAACAAGCAAGCAAGAAAUCUUUAAAUUAAAAAAUUGAAUGUAUUUGUCUUGACACUAAGGUACUGGAACUCUUUGCAUAAUAUGUUCAUAAGUAUGAGUAAUGAACCCUGGAUUUAAGCUUUAAAAGCACAGGUUUUUUAAGUCUAUACACUGGGCACCCUUUAACUUUUCCUGUGUGGUGAUUAAUCACAUUAAUCAUUCAUGCAUCUUUUCUUCCACCACUAAAGCCUUUAUUUUUAUUUUCUCGUGUCAUCCUUAUGAAAGCAUGCAUUUUAUUUUUAAACCAGUUAACCACAGUCAUUACAUUGUACUCACCACAUAUGAAUGUCACCUGGAUAUCCAGCCCUCAAAGACACUGUGCCUAUUGUUGCUUCAGAGAGGUCUUACAUAGAAAACCAGCAAUGACUAAAACCAAGCAGCUGCUAUGUUCUGAGCAUAUUUUGAAUCUCAUAGAGUUACAGCAGUUGUGUCUCCAUUGUGUUAAUAUUUAAAAUAUUAUGCAAGUCAUGCCGCAGAAUCCAGCUCUACUUAAACUAACAAGAAACUUUGAUCACUGUGAUGUUUUUUGUUGUCUUUUGUAAAAUAAAAAAAAUGAGAUCAGAGAAAAAGUAAAAAGCUCAUCUUAGUAAUAACUAGCCUUAUCUUUGUGUUUGAACUUCACUAAUGAUGCCUUUACAAACUAAACCUAUUUGAUGAUAGCUUGGCAGAAAUGAUAGCAAUAUUAAUCAGUGUGUCCAGAACUGUGCCUUCCAGCCUUUUUUUUUUAUUUUUUUUUUUAUUAUGUAUGAUUUGUUCUUUUUCUGGAGUGAGCGCUCACUGAAUGUACAGUCUGAUCCAUUCACUGUUUGUAAUGCUACCGCUGAUGUAAAUGUCUGAAAGCAGUGAUGCUGAGCACUGUUUUUACUUCAAAUAAAGACUCUAAUUAUGCCA